AUGGACAACUUUCUGAAAGAUUGCGAAUCGAUUAUUAGUGAAUUAGAAUCAGAUGAUGGAUCUAGUUAUACAGGAGCCAAUUUUGACGAUUAUGAUCAUAUCUAUCGGUUUCCCAAGCACCAAACUCAAGAAAAUGUGGAUAGGAAGCGACUAGGUUUUGAAACAAUAAGAAGCUUUACAAGUAUUUUCAAAAGGAAGAAUAGAUCGAAGGGGCGGACUUUGGCUGAGAUCGAUAUAAAUAGAUUUGAUUCACCGAAUUCUCAGGAUACCAAACCGACUCUUUCCAGUUCCAAACCCAAUGAUAAUAGUCAAGGAAACUCUUCUAAUAUAUCACCACUCUCGAAUUUUGGAUCAAAGCCUACAUCGCCAGUGAAGUUCGAUCUCUCUGAAUAUCAUUGGGACCCAUUUGGUGUAGCACGUGCAAUGUACUUCACAGAUCUGUUGACAGAUCUUUAUAGACUGCACUCAUCCCGAAAUCAAAGUUUCUAUCUGUUUGUCAACAGCCAUCCAAGUAUAUGGAUUCAGCUCGAUAAUUUAUGGUCACGAAUUAGAACGAACCCCGGGGAUUUCAAUCCUACCUUCUUGAAUGCAAGCAUCGUUGCAUUAAAUCAAUCGUGCCAUAACUUAGUAGACUCUAAUACACUAUUUAAAUGCUAUAUACAGCAUUUGACUGAAGAAAAUCCCGACAAAUUGUUGCAAUUACAUAGUCUCAGUGAAGAAUCACAUAUUCCCAAUUGGGAUAAUACCAAAAGUGAGAAGAAACUUUUCAGGGAAUUGAAGGUCGAACAGGAAACGAUUGGAGCAGCAGAUAAGGAGAUAUUAAAUCAAAAUCCAGGAAAAUCAUGGCUCUGGAACAUAAUCAAGAUUCCAUCUAGACGCUUAAAACAGAAGCAGAAUAAGGCCAAGAGGGCCGGAUCUACGAGGUCUGUUCAGGAAGGAAUUUCCGUUUCUCAUGAAAUAAGUAAUCAUAAGGAUCAGUGGUUAAAUGAGGGUAAUUCUGAAGCCGAGUACGAAGACGGUGACGGUGAUGGUGACGGUGACGGUGAGAAUGAAGUCGAUUAUCAAGAGGAUGACGAUUAUGACGACGAUGACGACGAUGACGACGAUGACGACGAUGACGACGAUGAAGACUAUAAUUAUGAGGAGGACGAAGAAGAAGUUGAAGAAUAUUCGUUCGAUUUCGAUCUCAAAUCGAGCCUCAGAUUCAACCCGUUGAAGCUUCACCGGGCUAUGUUCAGAUAUUUGAGGAUAUUUAGACCGAAUGAUGACGUAGCAGAAAAGCAGGACAGGCUUUGGAAGCUCUUUUCGACCAUAGCUGCUCUCUCGGAUCCUUAUACCCAACCUGCAGAUACCGGUGAUAUGAACGAAAUGAUUAUAUCUUUGGAUCUAGUAUCGGAUCUUGUUUUGGCAUUAUGUUAUCCGAGGUACUUGAACGAUCCAGAGGUUGAACUUCCUAACUUUGCCAUGGCUUACGACUUGGCCACAAUUGCUGAACGAUCAUUAACUGUUCUUCAUGCUGAUAAUACAUCUCAGCUCAUGCUUAUUAAUAACGAUGCUGAUCAUUGGGCGCAGAAUGUGCAUUUAUGGGUCCCGGACCAUACAUUAUCAGGAAUCGUCAAUAUGGCAUCUGAUUUUCACCACUUGAAGUUGGUCUAUUCCCUCUGUGUCGUCUGUAUGAUGGUCAUUUACAAGCUUUAUAGAUCGUCCGAUAUUGUCUGUCUUAACCCAUUCCUUUCUUUCUUUUUACAGGUAUGGAAAGACCAAACAAGGAUUAUUCUCCUAGGGAUCGAGAUAGACAGAAGAGACGAACAGGCCGGAUUUCCGGGUUAUCCAGUAAUAAUACGACCCGUUAUUAAAGGUUCUUCUGCCUUAAGGUCUGCAAUCUCUAUGAUACUCAACGACGAUUUCGAAAAGAGAACCCACGACUUUAAGCAUGAGUCUCUUAUACAUUUUAUGAAUCCUUGGGGAAGAAGAAUGGGUAACGGAUCGCUCACGGCAGAUAUGAGAGUCUUGGUGGCUGGUAUACUUGCUCUAGGAAGUGAUCUUCAGGAUGUGGCGCUUUUGGUAUUUAAUUUAGAGCCGGAAGAUCGCUAUGAUGAAGAUAUCAAGUACAUGUUUGAACUGGAAUUGGAAGAUGAUCCUGAUGACGAGUAUCAGGCUCAUCAUAAGAACAUGUUUUGUCCUCCUCAUGGUGUCAAACCACCACGUCAUUCUGCAGAUGAAGACAUGAGGGAUAAUGAUAUGUAUAUAGAGGGAGAUGUUUAUGACUUGCAUCCUGAUUGUCAUUGCGUGUUUGAGGAGGAUGACGAUGGGGAAGACGAAGAUGACGCGGAAGAUGAAGAGGAAGGGCAGCAAGAGGAAGGGCAGCAAGAGGAAGAGCCAAACGACCAUAGAAACGCAGAUACUGAUACAUCAGCUGCACGUUUAACUCUCCCUAAAGAUACCGCAUCGCUUUUCAACAAACUGAACGAUAUGCCGAUGGCAGUAAGAUCAUCUUCAUCCAAAGACUUCAUGUUUGAUGAUGAAGGAAGAGAUUGGAGGGAUAUUCCUCGUGGAGAUAACAGUAAAUUGACCAUUGAGUUUGUGAAACUGCUCAAAAAGUCUCAGAAAGAUUCGAGUAUCUUUAUUACUCCCAUGGAGAACCUCCUCGGACAACUCCAGAAGAUGAUGGAAGGAACUCUGGUAACAACACAGUGCGAAAAGAUAGUUAGAAGCAUAGCAUGGGUGGUGCAAUACGAAUAUGAAGCAUCGCAAAUGACCAAAAAUGAUAAGAAAAGCAAAAAGGAUGACCCGACAAUCAACACAGAUAUCAUAUACAAGUUCCUUUCCAAAGGCAACAACUUCCACAAAAUGAUCAGGUACAACCCGUCUUCAUCGUUUUGCAUCGUUGACGAACUGCUUAUGGUAGAGGGAUACAGACGGGUUCUUGUGUGGUUUUUGACCCAUUUGGAACCCAAUCAAUGGAUCAUCAACUAUUUUCAUGAGCUUCUGAUAGGAAAUAGAGGAAACCCCGAACAUAUUGAAGAUCCUAAGUCUACUCGGUUUGCAUUCAGUCGUCAAGGUGCCAUAGUUUUAUCUGAAGUAGAACAGUCCAUGCUGUUACACGAGUUUUUCUCAAACUCGCUUGUCUAUCUUUCCAGAAGUGCCGCAAGGGAAGAUACAGAAGACAGAUCGAAUGCCCAAAGGUUGAUGAAGGUAAUUUGUCUCAUGUUAAAGUCAUUGGAUCAAAAGAAGGUUCUUCCUGUGAACAGUUCAGAAUACAGACUCGAGAUUCAGACACUUCUAGUACAGUGGGUUGGCGUCGGGAUGGUUCCCGAAGCACGUGAACUUUUCUUCAAAUCGCAAAAGUUUGAUGCCAAAGAGGACAAGUUGAUGAAUGUAGAAAGACAGGUGAUGAGACGCAAAGUACAAUUGGAGACAGAACUUGCAGAGAUCGAUUUAUACGACUUGUUUGCCAGUCAUUUCGAAAGAGACAGUGCAGAGCUUUUGGUCAGCGUUAUGCACUUAGGUACGUUCUAUCCUGAGAAGAAAAACGCUGUUCUCUCUUUCUUCUCAGACCUGAAUCGUGUUGAGAAGGUGUUCAAAUCAGACGCUUCCUUAAUGAGGGUGUGUGACUUCUUCUUUUCAAUGUUGAACGUGGCUAUUCGUGUACAAAAUAUGGAUAUGAUAAUUAAACUCUUCAACGAUGUGAGGUUGGUGGAUACUAGCAAAAAUUCCGUCGUUGAUGGAAUUAGAAUGUUUUUAACGGUUCCCGAGAGCCAGAAACGCAUUUCGGAAGACCUGGAAAUUGACAAGCACGACCACAUUGAUGGUGAUCCAGUUGAUGACUACGAUAUAUAA